AUCGAACCGUUGUUGCGAACAGUCGUAUACUGUUUUUCACUCUCCUCAACAUUCACAAGUCGAACCAUAAAUAAGAAAACAAUCUUUACCAAUAUAAAAAAAAUUGUCGAUUGUGUAGGAUUUCAAAACUUUGUUUUAUUGCUUGGAUUUAUUAAAAAAUUUGUUCCAUAAAAAGAGUUCUCUUUUUUGAUCAGAAAUUCAUUGUCGACAUUUUUAAGCUAUUUUAUUACAAACUGUUUUGUGAUAGUUAAAUUUCAACUGCAAAAAAAAAUCGCUGAGAACAAAUCAAACAAAAAGUGAAAUAAACAUAAUCAUCUUUGAAAUCCAAUCACUGAAUAUACAACCAUCAAAAAGAGAGUACAAACAUAUCGACACAAUUCGCAUAUAAAUCGAACAACCGUUUUGAUACUGAUAUCGAAAUACAAUGCCUGUCAAACAACAACCGUGGACUCCGACUACGCGUCGUGGACCCAUUGCUGCUGAACUAAAAUCACCAGCGCCAAAUUCCGUUGAAUUACCGCCGCUUCUAGCGUCCAAGAAGCCAGUUUAUACUUUGGGUUAUCGAAAUGUUCUUGAGCGUUUAUCCACGACACCAGGACCGGGAUCUUACGAGCCCGAGAAAUAUAAACAGGAUUAUCAACCGGCCUUCUCCAUGGCCGGAAGGCAUAAUAAUGAGAAAUUGAAUCAAACACCAGCUCCUGGAUCUUAUUCACCGGAGAAACAUAAUUUAAACCAGCCGGCUGCGUUUAGUUUCGGAUCCCGUCCAGAAAAGAAAAUAAAGAGCGAUUCACCAGCUCCUAAUCAUUAUCAACCCGAGAAGUGCAAUCUUGACCAUCAAGCUGCCUACAGUUUUGGCUUACGGCCAGAACAAAAAGUGAGAAGUGACACUCCCGCUCCCAAUCACUACGCUGCCGAAAAAUAUAAUUUCAGCCGUACGCCAUCGUUCACAAUGCGAGGAAGAAGAAAAGUUGAAAAACCAGACUUAACACCCGCUCCGUGUGCAUAUUCACCUGAGAAGUUUACUCAAUUGAAAGAUUCAAAUGGAUUUAGUUUUGGAAUAAAGCCACAACAAAAAAUUGAAAGCACGGCACCAGCCCCAAAUCAGUAUGAUCCAGAGAAAUCGAUAAAACUUCUUGAUUAUCAACCGGCAUUUUCGAUCUCGGGACGACCAAAGCCAGAAAAAUUGAGCCAAACACCGGCUCCAUCAGCAUAUUCGCCUGAGAAGUGCAAUAUCGAUCAUCACGCUGCCUACAGUUUUGGAUUGCGUCCAGAACAAAAAAUCAAGAGCGAUUCUCCUGCGCCAAAUCAUUAUCAACCUGAAAAGUGUAAUCUUGACCAUCAAGCUGCAUACAGCUUUGGAUCACGUCCAGAACAGAAAAUUAAGAGCGAUUCCCCUGCGCCAAACCAUUACCAACCUGAAAAGUGCAAUCUUGACCAUCAAACUGCCUACAGCUUUGGAUCACGUCCAGAACAGAAAAUCAGAAGUGACACACCUGCUCCAUCAGCAUAUUCUCCGGAAAAGGCCGCCGUUCAUUUGAAAUAUUCGCCAGCAUUUUCAUUUGGAUUGAAAGUGUUAAAGGAACGACAUUCAGAUACGCCAGCUCCGAAUGAAUAUACCAUACCGACAGUUUUAGGGUCUAGCAAAGAAGCACAUAUACGAUCAGCGCCUGCAUACACUUUAAUAGGUAGACAAAAAACAAUUCAACCGCAACAUAUCCGUUUCCCAGGGCCAGGGAGCUAUGAUCCUGUUGCAGAAGUCGUUAUGCAUAAAUCACCACAAUUUUCAAUGGGGCAAAGAAUAUCAAAAACUUCAAAAAACGGAGGUCCAGGACCUGGUUCUUUUUUUCCGGAAAAGGUGAAUCUUUCCCAUGUUCCUGCUUUUAGUUUUGGCAUACGGCAUUCGGAGUAUCUCGGAAAUUUCACGGCUUUGAAAAAAUCAUCAAAAAAUAUUGCAAAGAAUGCAAAGUACUAACCAAAACAACCAACUGUUGUUACAGCCUUAACAAUGAUUUUUUCCUCCUCCUCCUCUUCUUCUUUGGACAUUCGAAAUCGAAAAAUUGUAAUUUUUGCCAUUCUUUUUUACAUUAAUUGAUGUUUCUUUUUAUUACUAAUUAAAAUGUUGUUUAUCAAAAGAAAAAA